AUGACUACCCGUAACGCUAGCUCCCGAAAGUCAGAGAACCAACUCCCUCGGCCGAUUACGAUUGUUCAAACGGGGAAUACGCCCUUAAUUGGUUCUUGGUCUAUUGAUACACGGUUCACGCGCGGGUCACAUUCGAGGUCUGGGUCGAAUAGCCACUCCCGGUCGGGGUCAGGAUACAGUCCCAGGGACCACCGGGAUAGGAAUGUAGGGCCAGUAGACCUACAACUUCGUACUGAGCAUGGGGAAAUUAGCGCGGCGUUUUCGGUUGUCGGGCGCGAAUUUCAUGGGACGGAUUGUGAUAGGGCCAAUUUGGAUGUUCAAAGUAUCCACGGGAAUAUUGACGUUAGAGUGUCAAGAGAUGCAGAGUACCGGUUCCGGCUUACGGCGAGUUCAGACACCGGCCGUGUAGUUAUUGCUUUGCCACCCGACUUUGUGGGGACAAUCACACACGGGGAGCGUACGUCAUUUUCAGCGCGGGCGUUUCGGCUCGUGAGACUGGGCGCCACGGCCGCUACUAUGCCUACAAACUGGUUAAAUAGACCGCGCUCACGUUCUGGAUCCCUUUCAAACUCGAAAGUAAGCUCGAACUCACGUGGGGUGGGUAAUAACCGCAGCAGUGGUUCCGAGCUGGUGACAACUCGUGGAAUGCGUCACUUGUCGGUCGAGCGUGAUGGGACUUUGCGAGCAAGUGACGCUGUCGAGGUUCGAGCGGGGCGAAACGUACGGAUUAUUGUUUCAGGAGAACCAACGUGGCAUGCGAAUCCGUUAGUCGCCCGGGUGAUGGGUAUGUUUAUGAAGCAUUGA